UGUCACGUGAUUAAUGGCUGCCCCCUGAGCCUGUGUGUUCAUGUGUCAUACAGAACAUACAGUCCGGUUUCUCCCUGAACAUGAGGUUUCUUCUCCGGCUGGGUGUUUCUGCGGCCCGGCUGAACGCGCGGUUCUGUCACCGGAGCGUGUGGGCGAGCCACGGCACUGAGAGGCGGGCUGCGGUGGAUUUAGGGGAGGGAAGAAAACUUCAAAUAUCAUCUGGGAAGCUUGCCAGAUUUGCUGAUGGAUGUUCUGUUGUUCAGCUGGGAGAGACAUCAGUGAUGGUCACAGCUGUCAGCAAGACAAAACCAUCACCGUCCCAAUUUAUGCCCCUUGUGGUUGAUUACAGGCAGAAAGCAGCAGCUGCUGGAAGAAUUCCCACAAACUACUUGCGGAGAGAACUGGGCACAACUGACUUUGAAAUCCUCACCAGCAGGCUAAUAGACCGCUCCAUCAGACCUCUCUUUCCUGCGGGUUACUUCUAUGAUACACAGGUUUUGUGCAACAUAUUGGCUGUUGAUGGUGUCAAUGACCCAGAUGUGCUUGCAAUCAAUGGAGCAUCCGCUGCCCUCGCCCUCUCUGACAUUCCUUGGAAUGGGCCUAUUGGUGCAGUGCGCAUUGGUCUUGUAGGUGAAGAGUUUAUUGUAAAUCCGACUCGGAGGGAAAUGAGCUCCAGUAAACUGAACCUGGUGAUUGCAGGAGCUCCUUGCAGCCAAGUGGUGAUGAUGGAGGCUGCUGCAGAGAAUAUACUGCAACAGGACUUCUGUCAUGCUGUGAAGCUGGGAGUAAAACACACCCAGCAGAUCAUUCAUGCCAUCCAGCAGCUGGCCAGAGAGCAGAAGGUGGUGAAGCGCACACCGUCCAGACUCUUCACCGCACCCCCCGAGAUGGUGGAACAUGCUCGACAGCUGGCCAGUAAAAGAGUCUAUGCUGUCUUUACAGACUUUUCACAUGACAAGGUUUCCAGAGAUGAAGCCAUAAACAAAGUACGACUUGACACAGAGGAAAAAAUUAAAGAGAAGUUCCCUCAAGCAGAGUCUUAUGAAGUAAUCGAGUCCUUCGACACAGUGUCUAAAGAGGUCUUCCGUAACCUAAUACUUAACGAAUAUAAAAGGUGUGAUGGAAGAGACCUGACGUCUUUAAGAGAUAUUUCAUGUGAAGUGGACAUAUUUAAGCCACUGCAUGGCUCUGCACUGUUUCAGAGGGGUCAAACCCAGGUGCUUUGCAGUGUAACAUUCGACUCCAUAGAGUCCAGUGUAAAACCAGACGUCAUAACCACAGCUCUGAGUGGGAUUAAAGGCAAGAAUUUCAUGCUUCACUAUGAGUUUCCUCCCUAUGCAACAAACGAGACUGGGAAGAUGGGUGGAAUGAACAGAAGAGAGCUUGGUCAUGGGGCUUUGGCAGAGAAAGCCUUGAGGCCGGUUAUUCCUGAAGACUUUCCCUUCACGAUACGAGUGACCUCAGAGGUGCUGGAGUCCAAUGGGUCCUCAUCUAUGGCGUCUGCAUGUGGGGGCAGCCUGGCUCUAAUGGAUGCAGGUGUCCCGAUAUCUUCAGCAGUGGCUGGUGUUGCUGUUGGUCUAAUAUCUAAGCCCAACCCUCAGAAAGUCUCUGACAUUGAGGACUACAGAUUAUUAACUGACAUUUUGGGAAUUGAGGAUUACAAUGGAGACAUGGACUUUAAAAUGGCUGGAACAAACAAGGGAAUCACAGCUUUACAGGCUGAUAUUAAGAUUCCAGGUCUUCCUCUAAAGAUUGUAAUGGAAGCUAUACAGCAGGCAACAGUGGCCAAGAGAGAGAUUUUGGGCAUUAUGAAUAAAACCAUUUCUAAACCAAGAGUUUCCCGGAAGGAGAAUGGUCCACUUGUUGAGAAAGUUCGAGUGCCUGUGACAAGACGAGCUCGCUUUGUUGGUCCUGGAGGUCAUAAUCUCCGUAGAUUACAAGCCGAAACAGGUGUAACAAUAAGCCAAGUAGAUGAGGAAACCUUCUCAGUUUUCGCUCCAACACCAAACGCUAUGAAUGAAGCUCAGGAGUUCAUCACUGAGAUCUGCAAGGAUGAUCAAGAACAGCAGCUUGAAUUUGGUGCCAUAUACACAGCCACCAUCACAGAGUUAAGGGACAUUGGUGUCAUGGUGAAACUGUACCCCAACAUGACUCCAGUGCUUCUUCAUAACUCACAGCUGGAUCAUAAACGGAUCAAACAUCCCAGUGCUCUUGGAUUAGAGGUUGGUCAACAAAUUCAGGUGAAAUAUUUUGGACGUGACCCGACAGAUGGAAGGAUGAGGUUGUCUCGUAAAGUGCUUCAUUCUCCUACAGCCACAGUGGUGAAGACUCUUAAUGACAAACAGAGUAUCACUAUGGGAACAACACACGGCCUGUCUGAGACUUCCCCCUGACCUGCAGGACUGCUCAGGAGUAUUAGGGGCAUGUAGGGUAUCAGCAAUUCAGUGUAUUUCUUUGUUCAGUUUCCUUCACUCAGACAUUGAGAGGGGGGUUCACUCCAGCCUUCUCACAUUAACGGAUAUAAGAGAACAUGGGGAUCUCAUGUUUUUAUUUAUGUAACCAUAGUCCAGUACAUUUAGAUAUUUCAUGAGUGGGUAUUGUUUUAUAGGAUAUUUUUGUUUAUAUGCACUUUUUUAACAAAUAAAAAAUUGGGAAAAUAAA